AAUAAGCUUAGCUCGCUUCGUGCUUGGCAUCAUGGAUUCGCCAAUGAAGAAUUGUAUACAUUGUAAUCAAGAGUUUAAAAAAUGAAUUCUUCAACAGAUUGCAAUGAUGAUCGCUUCUCGCCGCUGACCGCGGCACCACACUGUCGUGGUGGCUUCGAUUUCACGGUCUUUUUCGAAGAAACCAUGCUCAGCAUUCUGCCUUCAACACUCUUUGUCAUUGUUGGAUCUGUCGAGGCAACACGCAUGCUAUGGAACCGCCGUCUGCUAGUCAACAACAAAUCCAGACGAAUGGUCCUCAAGCUAGCCACAAUUGCUGUCCUCGCUCUGCUUCAAAUUGCAUUACUAGCAUGUUGGAAAAUAUACCCAAUCCAGGCCACCAAUAUCCCUGUUGUAUCGUCUGCGCUAGGGCUCUGCGUGGCUGUCGUCCUCGCCAUUACUUCUGCCGCAGCACACCGAGCCAGCCCGCGACCUUCACUUACCAUCACUGGCUUUCUGCUUGUCUCCGUCCUGUUAGAUAUUGCCCGCGUACGAACGACAUGGCUUCUUGAAGACUCCAACAACGCCAUUGCAGGGCUUCUCUCUGCGUCUUUGGCCGCCAAGGUUAUCCUACUGGUCCUGGAGAGUAUUGGCAAACGAUCCAUUCUGGCAGAGGCAUACGCGAGGCUAUCUCUAGAAGAGACUAGUGGACUAUUUUCACGAAGUUUCUUUACGUGGCUUGUGCCGCUGUUAAGAGCAGGCUCUCGGGGUGCAUUGAAAUUAGGCGACCUGUUUGUCAUCCAUCAAAAGCUCAACUCCAAUGCUGCAUUUGAGCAGCUCCAGGAAGCCUUGAAAAAGACCGACUCUUCCUCCAAGUACUGGAUUAUCCAUGCCACACUCAGGGCGUGGCCAUGGGAAGUUGCCAAGAUUGUCGUCCCGCGACUUAUUGUCGUCGCCUGCAAUCUCUUACAGCCAUUCACCAUCCAAGCAGUCAUCGAGAACAUCCUCUCCCCAGACACGCCAUCGAUUCGAAACAGUAGCUAUGGUCUUAUUGGCGCUGUUGGCAUAAUCUAUGUGACCUUGACUGUAGGUUGUACUAUCCCAUCAUCCAUUUGCUCCAACUAACGCGUUUAGAUUGCCACUGGCCUUUUUGAGCAGCUGGCAUUCCGCUACCUCUCUCUUGUCCGUGGCGGUCUAAUUGGCUCCAUUUACAACCAUAUCGAGGCCAUCAACACAAAGGCUAUCACGAACAGUGACUCACCCAUUAUGACCUUGAUUGGGGCUGACGUCGAGCGUAUUUGUGACAUGUGGAAGUUUAUCAUUACGGAUACAUGGGCAUCAAUUCUACAGCUGGGAAUUGGCAUCUGGCUGCUGCAGAGACAAUUGGGUGCCGUCUGCAUUGCGCCAGUCAUCUUUGCUGUGCUCUCUACAGCCAUCUCCCUGCGCGCCGGAACAUAUGUUGGUAAACGGCAAAAGACUUGGCUGGAGGCUGUGCAGAAGCGCGUCAACUUCACCUCGCACGCCCUCAGCAAUAUGAAGAGUAUCAAGAUGCUAGGCUACUCGGAUGGGAUUCAUGACUUUAUCCAGGCUCUUCGCUUGGGCGAACUCGAUCGCGCCAAACACUACCGCAAGCUGUCCAGUGUCAAUAUAUGCCUAACCAAUCUGCCCAACACCGUGGCACCUCUCAUCACGUUUGCAACUUAUGCUAUUGCAAAUAAGCUACAAGGACAGGACGACUUCACAAUGUCCAAAGCCAUUGCAUCUUUGGCCAUCUUACAAGUCAUCAUGUACCCCCUUGGCAGCCUGCUUAAUUCUGUCCCUCAGUGCUUUUCCGCUGUCGCCUGUUUCCAACGAAUCCAGACGUUUCUCAAUGAGAAGACAAUUCAAGACGACCGCUUGUUCGGAACUUCCACUCUCGAAAAGACGUCUGAAGUAUCGCCUGCCGAACCGACGGACAGCAUCAUCUUACACAAUGCCACCAUUGGCUGGUCCGCGCCCGUCGUGCAUGACAUUUCCUUCAAGGUGUCUCGCGAUUCGAGUCUUGUAGCGAUUGUCGGCCCAGUUGCAUGUGGAAAAUCAACCAUUAUAAAUGCCCUUGUUGGCGAAGCGCACAUCUUUAGCGGUACUGUAUGGAUGGCAUCGAAGGAAGUCUCUGUCUGCCAGCAGAGUGCGUGGCUCUCCUCCGGGACUAUCCGUGAGCAAGUCAUCGGUGACUACGGAUUCUCAGAGGCUUGGUACAAUGAAGUUAUCCGCGCUUGUGCCCUACAUACGGAUCUUGAACUCAUGAGCGACGGCGACCAGACCGAUGUUGGCGCGCAGGGUGUUGGUCUCAGUGGUGGACAGCGUCAACGCAUCGCCAUUGCGCGAGCCAUAUAUUCCCGCAAGCCAAUCGCCAUCUUUGAUGAUGUUUUGAGUGCCCUUGAUGCAACCACGCAAGAAUCCAUCAUUGAAAAUGUCUUUGGACCGGCCGGGCUAAUGCGCAAAAUGGGAACCACACUAGUCCUCGCCACCCACUCUGCCCGCUGCCUCUCCGUCAUGGACAGAGUCAUUACUAUCAGCAGCGAGGGCCGCAUUACAGACAAUUCCAUUUCUGGAUCUGGUUCAGAUACCCCCAAGUCCAUCAUGAACCGCUCUGAACCUGAACCAGUGGGUGGGGUCGAUGCCAGCAUUGUGCAAACACAGAUCCGCUCCGCCCAAGACGCCGCCCGAGCUGACCGCAGCAUCGGUGACCUCGAGGUCUACAAGUACUACUUUUCGUCGCUAGGUGUAGUCGGUCUCUCCAUGUUUGGCCUAUUUGUCUGCGCCUACGCAGCAUUCGGGUCUGUCCAGCAGGCAUGGCUGAAGCUCUGGGCCGAGAGCGAUAGUAGCUCCAACACGGGCUACUGGCUCGGUCUAUAUGCUCUCUGGACACUUCUUCGUUCAUCUGGCCUUGUCAUUGCCGUCAUCUUUCUCUGGAUCAUUAUUACGCCCAGGUCUGGUACGCGACUGCACCAGGCGGUGUUGACAGCUGCCUUUAAGGCGCCCAUGUCGUUUCAUUCGCAAACAGACACGGGCACGCUGGUGAAUCGGUUCAGCCAAGACAUGCAGCUUGCGGAUAUAGUGCUUCCAGUUGCCCUCAUCACCACUUCGUUUCAACUGUCUGGGUGUAUUGGAUACGGGAUUUUGACCUUUGUCGCAACGCCAUACUUUGCAGCCUUUGUCCCGUUUGUGGUUGGUCUUUUGGCGCUGCUGCAGCGAUUCUAUCUCCGCACAUCAAAGCAAAUUCGACUGAUUGAGCUAGAGUCCAAGGCACCGCUGUACUCGCACAUGAUUGACACGAUCAACGGAGUGGUAUCUAUUCGCGCCUUUGGAUGGUUUGCAUCGUACAAGGAUAAAUACUUUUCGUUGCUUGAUGACUGCCAGAAGCCGUUUUAUUUGCUCCUCUGUAUUCAGCGGUGGCUAGCUGUGAUGCUUGGCCUGAUUGUUGCGAUACUUGCUACCUCACUCACGGCUAUGGCUGUUGGUCUUCGCGGAACAAACGUGAGUGCUGGAUUCAUUGGUAUUGCCUUGGUCAACAUGAUGGGUCUUGGUGAGAUUCUUGCCUCGCUUAUCAUGUUUUGGACGUCGUUGGAAACAUCACUGGGCGCUGUGUCGCGAGUAAAGACCUUUUCAGAAGACACGCCCGCUGAGCCGGAGCCUGUGUGUACGGCCCCAGCGGAAUGGCCGCGAUCAGGAGACAUACAGGUUACCAAUCUGACAGCUUUGCAUGCCGAUUUUGUUGCGCUGAAGGAUUUGACAAUUGAUAUUAAGAGCGGCGAAAAGAUUGCGAUAUGUGGACGCACGGGCAGCGGCAAAAGUUCUCUCAUCACGGCAAUGCUCGGCAUGAUGGAUAUCCAGUCGGGUAGCAUUGUCUUAGACGGACAAGAUCUUUCACAGGUCACCAAUGAGGUAGUCCGUAAACGGAUUACAUGCAUUACCCAAGAUCCCUACCUCUUUUCCGCAUCUGUUCGCUUGAACAUGGACCUGCACGGCAUCUCUAAUGACGAGGACAUUCAAGCGGCUCUCGUCAGAGUUGGCCUCUGGUCAGUGCUUCGGCAGUCUCUUGGAGAAGGCGUGUCAGCUACCAAGAUUCUUGAUGCAUCCAUGGAUGAUGUGCAUCUGUCACACGGCCAACGCCAGCUCAUCUGUCUUGCCAGAACGCUGCUUCGCAAAAACAAGGUGGUGCUGCUAGACGAGCCGACGAGCAGCGUAGAUGCGGCAACAGAAGCAAAAAUGACGGAGAUUAUCGACUCUGAAUUUCCAGGCGCGACAAUUCUCAUGAUUACGCACCGUCUUACGUCGAUUCAUUCGUUUGACAAGGUCAUGGUUUUGGAUGCGGGUAAGCUCGCUGAGUUUGGUGCGCCAGCUACCCUGUUGGCCGACGACGCGAGCGUGUUUUCGCAGCUAUACAAGAGCCAGGCUGCCUAAUUACUCAUUUAAAAAAUAUUUAGAAUAGAUAGAAGUAUAAUGGAUUUAAAAAUCCAAUUUUGUUUUUAAUUCAGGGGCUUAGAUGUCGGCUGUUGCUGGUUCUCCCGCCCAUGCGCGCCGAAUGAUUCUGUGGGUGCCAAUUAUCGUCACCGGUCUUGGAUUCGGAUACACAUUAUCUGUUGCGAUAUCCACGC